AUGGGCUCUGCCGCGAGGCUCGCAGAGGCGGCCGCCUUGCCGGGCACGCCACCCGCCCUGCGCACCCCGCACGAUGCCGAGGCCGACCGGAAAGAGUUUGCUCAGAACAUCGCCAAACAGACCUACAAGGAAUGGCCCAACGAGGCCGGUUUUGAUGGCCUCACCGAGGAACGAGGGCCCCUCGAACUGACCGUCCGCGGCCACAUCCCCGACUGGGCCGCCGGCUCGCUGUACCGGACCGGCCCCGGCGCCUGCAAGGUCGAGAACAGCCCCAAAGGCACCCACUACGUCACGCACUGGUUCGACGGCUUCGCGCACACGCACCUCUUCCAGAUCGUCCCCGCAGACGAAGCCGCCGGCACGCCCCUGCGCGUCGUCUACUCGUCGAGGCGCCAGGCCGAGACGCUCGUCAGCGAGAUCAGGGCUCAGGGCAUGCGCAACGCCUACUCGUUCGGUCAGCGCCGGGACCCCUGCAUUGGUCUGUUCGGCAAGGUCAUGAGCAUGUUCCAGAAGCAGCCGCAGGGCAGCAACGUGUCCGUCGCCGUCAACACGAACGUGCCCGGCCUGUCGCCGCCCAGAGGCCCGCCCAAGGGCGACGAGGCGGCCCCGUCGGGCGGCGGCCAUCGCAACGGCGUCCGCAACGUGUGGAUCUCCACCGACGCCAGCAUGCUGGUCGAGGCCGAUCCCGACACCCUCGAGCCCGUCGGCGUCGCCCGGCAGGCCAAGCUGCAUCCGGACCUCAAAGGCCCCAGCUCGUGCGCCCACGCGCAGCGGGACCCCGAGACGGGCGACCUCUUCAACUACAACCUCGACUUUGGCAGGACGGCCACGUAUCGCGUGUUCCGUGUCAGCGCCGCCACGGGCAAGACGGACAUACUGGCCACCAUCAGCGACGCCGGCGCCAAGCCCGGCUACAUGCACAGUUUCUUCCUGACGCCGAGCUACGUCGUCCUCUGCAUCCCCGUCGCGCACUUUGGGCUGGCCGGGCUCAAGGUGCCGUGGAACCGGAACCUCCUCGACUCGAUCGAGGCGUUUGACGCGACGCAGCGGUGCAAGUGGCUCGUCGUCGACCGCCGGGGGAAGAGGGGGCUCGUCGCCAGCUUUGACACGCCCGCCGCCUUUUUUUUCCACUCGGUCAAUUCCUUUGAGGAGACGUCACCGGAUGGGUCCGGCGUGGACCUCUUCUGCGAUGUCGUCGAGUACCCGAAUCAAGACGUCAUCCGGAGCUUCAACUACGACGUGCUGCUCGACAGGAACGACGCCGCCAAGAGGUUCUGGGGCGAAGAGAACAGGCUGCAGACGCUCCACCCGCGGCUCGCCCGGUACCGCCUCGGCGUGCCGCUCACGUCGGGCAGGAAGCGGGGCCAGUGGGAACUCGUGUCUUCGAUUCCCGGACCGCACGCCGGCGAGCUGCCUGUCAUCAACCCGGCGUACCACACGAAGCGGCACCGCUACGUGUACUCGCUGGCGAACCGGGGGCGAAGCACGCUGCUCGACACGGUCGUCAAGACGGACACGGAGACGAGGGGCGCGCUGCUCUGGGGGUGUCCGCGGGGGCACACACCAGGCGAGACCAUCUUUGUGCCGCGGCCCGUGGCGGCGGGGCAGGUGGCGGACGAGGACGACGGCGUGCUGUUGAGCGUCGUGCUCGAUGGCAGCGCGCAGAGGAGCUACCUGCUGUGCCUCAACGCGAGGGACCUGACGGAACUGGGCCGGGCGGAAUGUCCGUUUGCCAUCGGGCUUGGGUUCCACGGCGUGCAUGCGCCGACGGGCUACCUGUGA